CUGAGCGGUCGCGGUGCUUGCCGGGAGUUAUAGUCUGUGCUCGAGCGCGGCGGUUGCCGGAAGUUGUAGUCUCCCGAGGCGGUGGGCCCUGAGGCUGGCUGCGGCGGCGCAGUGAUGCCUCGCGGCCCGGCUGUGCGUGACGCACAUUGGAAGAGGGGCUGUCUGCAGGGUAGUGACGGCUGGGCUCCAGAGCGCGCUGAGGCGGCGCUGCCGUCGUGAUCAGUCAGCGCCCUAGGUUGUGCGCGUGAUUCCCCACUCCUCCGCCCGGUCCAGACUGUCCGCUCUGUCAGCUGCGGGGCUCGCGCCAGGCGCGAACACCAACGGCUGUUGAAUGUGGGGCUCGUGAGCCCCGUCGCGGCUGCGAACCGUGGGCCGAGCCCGGCCGGAGAACUGACGGAGCGGGCUCUCCCCGGGUGCUUCCGCUUCGCGCGAGGCCCCAGUUGUACCGGCACCGUUGUGUCCCCUCCGCCGGCCAGACCCAGAGAGCUCCCGCCCGCGCCUAGCCCUUGAGCCUGCUGCUCGCACCGAGCAUGGGGGCCCGGGCGAUGGCGCUCCCUGUUCUGUGCUCAGGCGGUGGGAGCCGGGGUGGGGUUGGGGCCACGCUCCCCUCGGCUUGGCAGGGCUGAGCGGCAGGAGAUGCUGCAUGGAAACUUGAGGGCGCGGGCCUGCCCCGAGGAGCGGCCAGAAAACUAGAGCGCCCACAGCGGCUGGUGGAGGGGGAAGCUGGUUCGGCCACUCCUCUUUCCGUAGCACUUCAGUGGCGGGGCGGUUAACUGGUAGCUGAGUGUUUUGAGGAGAGAGCUGCUGCUCCUGGCGGGGGCUAGGAAGCGCUCUAGCCAGGCACAGAGAGGAUGAGGAGGAAGGAUACCAGAGGAAGGCUGGAGUGGAGUUUUCAUUAGGUUUCUGUCAUGCGACGUGGAAUCCCCCCUCUGCUGCUCCCAGUGGGCAAGGAGCCUGCCUCCUCCCAUCUGUCAGAGCCAGAAUAUCCACUUCCAGCCAGUUCUUCCCAUGCUCACCACCAGCUCCCAGCUGAGAGUCGCCAUUAGUGGGCUGAAAAAAGGGUCUAAUUAUAGUUUGCCCUUGGCAAGAAGCCCUUGGCUCUCUCCCUCAGUGCUAGAAACCCUUCGUCGGCCACAGUGCUUCUUAACAGACUUAUAGUCAGAUUCAAAUGGUCAGUCUCAAGGGCUUUCUCUGGAGGACCUGCCGUUUUUUGGGACAGUUUUGGUCCUGCAGUUAAUUGUAAGCACAUAUGCUAGUAUUUACAUAUCAGCCUGAUUGUGCCUCAAAGUGACAUUUAAUGUUUAAAUGUUCGCACUUGCCCCAGCUAUUAAAUGUGGGUGCCAAAACAUGCCAGCAAAAUCAGAGGUUGAGCUGAAGCCUUUUUAAGUCUGAGUCAAACUUGGGUGCAUGCCUACAUUUAGGCAACCAAAUACAUGUGGCCUGAUUGUCAGAGGUGUUGAGCAGCUAAAACUCCCAUCAAUCUUGGUGGGAGUUUUGGGUGCUGAUCAUCAUGCAGAAUCAGGUCACUUAUAUUUAGGCACCUUCGUGAGGAUGAGAGUGCCUAAUUGUAGGCACUGUAUUUGAAAAUUUUGGCCUCUGUGACUUGCUGAAGGUUACAUACUGAAUCAGUGAUAUUAGAGAUCAGGAGUUUACAGUUCAGUCUUCAGAAUAUUUUGUACUAUGCUUAUUUACAAAGCAAGCUGUGAAAGAAGUGAGUAAUUCUCAGGAUAAUGUAUUCCUGUGACUAAUAAUUACGAUAAAAUCUUAGCUAGAAAUAGAAACAUGGCAUGAGCUGAAACAGAAAUGGAUGGGGCUGCCUGAAGGAGCCGUACUGCUAUUUGAUUUAUGCAUGAUCAGCUUUUACGUAGCCUGGAAAGUACCAUGGUGUUUACACCAGCCUGCAGGGGCUGUGACAUGCAUAUUUGAUUUAGAAUUAUUUGUUUGCCAUGCGUGAAUUAACAUAGGAAUGUUAUAAAAAACUUCUAAAUGCUGUUUUAAAUGAGUGUGACUCCACGAUGCCUUCUGGAGAAAGCAGCUAUGAGAUAAUUAUAAGGAGUAAAGAAGCAAACAACUCUCAUCUUCUGUUAGCAGCCCAGCCACAGCCUUCCUCUUUUCAGUUCUUGCAAAGUUCACUUCAGCCAUGCUGUGUCCCACACAAAGCCUGCCUUUUUUUGCUGUUCAGACCAGUUCCACUGUCUUUGAGAAAGCCUUUUUCAGUAAAGAAGCACUUAUCAGAGCUGAUACAUAGAGGAGGCCUGGAUGUGAUGGAGCUAUAGAGGGAAUUCGUGCUGCUCUCAUUACUUUGCAACUUCAUUUCUUCAUCCAUUCUUCAUCUCUGUCAUGCUCUAGUAUGGAUCUAAGGACAUGGAUUUGCACAGCUCAGUUGAAACACCUGAUAAAGUGAAGGCUGAUGCUCCUGUAUAUGCUGGUAAGGAAGAAGACAUAAAACAGUCCAAAAGAAUAACAGCUAGCGUCCAUGACAGAGAAGUUGUCGUUUUCUACCAUGAAGGGAAAUUUUAUGCCAUGGACCGUUACUGUUACCAUGCAGGAGGUCCUUUACAUCUUGGAGAGAUAGAGGAUAUCAAUGGACAGCCCUGCAUUAUUUGCCCUUGGCAUAAGUAUAAAAUUACUUUGGCAACAGGAGAAGGAUUAUAUCAAGCAGUAAACCCCACAGAACCAUCAGCAACACCAAAAUGGCGAUCAAAAGGAAUAAAGCAAAGAACUCACACGGUUACUGUAGACAAUGGAAGUGUUUAUGUGACUCCUUCUGAUUUAUCUAUCAGCUGUGACUCUGAUUACUAUGCUGAUAAGUACAAAAAGACUGGAAGUUCUGAUAUGAAAAAAUAAUGCAUAUCCUGAACUUCAAAAUCAGUGGCCAUAAUGCAAAAUAUCAGUGUGUGUGUGUGUACAAGGCAUCAUCAGUAUAUCAGGAUGAUAUGCAGAUUUUUUCUAGAUGUUAAUAUAAUGAAAUACCAGUGUUAAUCUUAUUGCUAUUAAAGCAUUAAGUAAUGUAGAAAUGAGUAAGAUCAUAAACAAAAGUUCAAGACUCUCUUUAGAAUGAGUUAGCAUUGUGCCAGUGCAGUUUUAUAUUUGUCUUUAAUAAAAUACAAGUUUAAUGUAUGUACAUUAGACUAGUUUGUAAUAUUUGAAGUGUUAAAUCUUCCAUUGCUAUAGUUUAAAUCUUUUAACCUUUAGGAGGAGGAUUAUUAUACUAUUGCAUUUAAUUAGUUUAUAAAAACAUCUUGAAAUGUUACGGUAAAUAUCCGUUGAAGGAUAGAAUUUUUUGUAUACAUUAAAUAGUUUAGAACUAUAUUAAUUUCAAUGUAAUUGGGAGAUUUUUAAAAAAAAUAUUAUAUUUGCAGGUCAGGAGAAAAACCUAUUAUUUUAUCUUCUUAACACAUAGGACCAGAGUUUCAUAAAGUGAUGUACAAAGCAUUUGUGUGUUGUAAUGUGCUUUUGCAUGGUUACUUUUGUGUGUGCAAUUACCCCAGUUCUGUUCUAAAUAAGUACUUAUGUUUCCUUCAUCAUGGUAGUGGCUGAGCACAUUCCAAUAAUCAGUUAACCAACAUGACACAUGUGAGUUCUCUGUCAUCCUUUCCUCUCGAGGAAAAUUGGAUGUGUAGUGUAGAAUUUUGGUUUUGGACUACUUUAAAAAUGUAAACACUUAUCAGAGGUUGUCAUAAAUAUAAAGGGAAGGGUAACCACCUUUCUGUAUACAGUGCUAUAAAAUCCCUCCUGGCCAGAGGCAAAACCCUUUCACCUGUAAAGGGUUAAGAAGCUGAGGUAACCUCGCUGGCACCUGACCCAAAAUGACCAAUGAGGGGACAAGAUACUUUCAAAUCUGGAGAGGAUGGAACAAAGGGUUCUGUCUGUGUGAUGCUUUUGCCAGGAACAGAUCAGAAAUGCAAGCCUUCCAACUCCUGUUAAAUUAGUAAGUAAUCUAGCUAGAAAAUGUGUUAAAUUUUCUUUUGUUUAAUGGCUGGUAAAAUAAGCUGCGCUGGAGGGAAGUACAUUCCUGCCUUUGUGUCUUUUUGUAACUUAAGGUUUUGCCUAGAGGGAUUCUCUGUAUUUUGAAUCUGAUUACCCUGUAAGGUAUUUACUAUCCUGAUUUUACAAAGGUGAUUCUUUUACGUUUUCUUUAAUUAAAAUUCUUCUUUUAAGAACCUGAUGGAUUUUUCAUUGUUCUUAAGAUCCAAGGGUUUGGGUCUGUGUUCACCUGUGCCAAUUGGUGAGGAUUAUUAUCAAGCCUUCCCCAGGAAAGGGGGUGUAGGGCUUGCGGGGAUAUUUUGUGGGAAGACGUCUCCAAGUGGUCUCUUUCCCUGUUCUUUGUUUAAAACGCUUGGUGGUGGCAGCAUACUGUUCAAGGACAAGGCAAAGUUUGUACCUUGGGGAAGUUUUUAACCUAAGCUGGUAAGAAUAAGCUUAGGAGGUCUUUCAUGCAGGUCCCCACAUCUGUACCCUAGAGUUCAGAGUGGGGAAGGAACCUUGACAGAAGGUAUCUUGGAUAAGGCAGUUCAAAGAAGCGUGUACCUAGAACUUGGAGCAGAAAGUGGCAAAGUUUGUGAUAGAGGCACUGAGGCAGUUCAUUCCACAGUCUCAGACUAGUCCCCGAGAAAGCUGUGCCUCUUGGACAGAUGAGCUUUGCUCAUAUGGUAGAAAGCCCCAUUGUGCCUGAGGAUCAGAGUUGUCAAGCACAGUACUUAUCCCAGAACUUUAGGAGAUCUUUCAGAUACUAUGGGAUCAGGCCAUUCAAGACCUUGAACUUGAUUCAAUAUUCUGGGUGAAGUCAAUGUAGAGAGUGGAGCACAAGGCUGAUGUGCAUAUGGUAGCCAAUGUUGUUGAGAUGUGCUGCAACAUUUGGUACUAGUGGAGUUUCCUAAGCAUUGAAGGCUUCAGGCCCAGGUAUAUUGCAUUAUGGUGGUCCAGAUAGGAGCUGGCAAAGGUGUGAAUAACUGAGGGCAGGUCAUUGUCUGUCUGCCAGGAUGAUAUGGAAUCUCAUAGGCAACUGGAGCUGGUAGAAAGCAUAACUCAUGUUUUGUGUUAUGCAAAAGCUUAGCAUCAUUGAGGAAUCCAGGAACAUUCAUAAACUACAGAGUGACUUCAUCAAUUAGGAGCAUAUACCUUCAGUCAGAGGAAGGUAUUUGCCUCAUUCCUGUAAAUUCUUCAUAGUGCUUUUCUUUGCCCACCAACAUAUUCUUUUUCUUGCUCAGCGUCUGCUUCAACCAACUAUUCUUCAUCCAGGUGCUGAUCUAAUCAGAGAACUGGGCCAUCUUUGUUUUAAGUGGUAUAGUUGAAUCUGUUGAAGGAUGGUGUGACACUACACCGCAUAUUUUUCAUAAGCUAUUGUUAUAAUAUUAUAGCAUUUUUGCAAGAUAAGGCAUGUGAAAUAUUGUUGGAAAAGUUACAAUUUACUGAAUCUGAUUAUCCUAUUUGUAUGCAUGUAUCAUUUUUGUAUCUAAAGUUAGGAAUAUUGACUCCAUUGAAUACAUCUGUACUACAAAAGUAUUUGCACCUGGGGAAUGCCCACCAGACAGAAUGCAACCAGUCUGGCUGGCUAGCUGGGGACCAGUCCAUGGACCAUUAGGGAGAACAAUAGGUCUUUGAAGAUACUAAUCUCCCACCUUCCUCAGAAGCUUUCCUGGGAUGCUACAAACAACCUCUGACUCAUGGCUGCUUUGACACUGCAGGGUCAUGUGAUUGUCACCUAGUACUAGACUCCAUGGUAGAAUACCAGUAUUUUUCCAUGGAGGGUGGUGGUGGUGGUGGGAACCACACUGGAAAACAAAGGAUUCCUGCCAUAUGUAAAAUCUAUUUAAGGCUGGGGAGGAUUAAUCAGCAUUCAUUCUUCAUUGAAUCCCCACCCAUGAUGAGUGCAGGAAAAGACAAAGGGGGGUGGGGAGAAGGACUGAGCCCAGGCUGGAAAGAUGUCUGGCCUGUGAGAGUAAUGCCUGGAGUUUCAAGCUGCAAGCAAGAGCAGCUUGCCUUCAAGAACCUCUGCAAUCUGCCCAAAACAAUAUUUAGGGUGAGAAACUACUACUUGUAACCAGUUUCUUUUUUUGAUAUCUCGAGCUUAUAUUGUGUUUUUUCUUUUAUUUGCUUGGUAAUCUGCUUUGAUCUGUUUGCGAUCCCUUAGGUUUUAAGUGAUAUCUUUUGUAGUUAAUAAACUUUUUGUUUUCUCUGAAA